AUGAUAACCAUACAAGGAACAGGACAGACUGCUUUGGAAGCUGGUUAUGGGGCACAGCAGAAUGGACAACCUUUAUAUGUGGAUUCACAUUCAUGGAAGAGAAUGACAGAGAAGUUCUUGAAGGGAGAACCCAAAAUCCUUGGGAUUGUGCAGAUUGUGAUUGCCAUCAUGAACCUCAGUAUAGGACUCAUGAUGAUAGGUGCCACUGUGUCAUCCGGUGAAAUACUCCCUAUUUCGGUGUACAUAGGAUACCCAAUUUGGGGGUCCAUAAUGUUUAUUAUUUCAGGAUCAUUUUCAAUUGUAGCAGGAAGAAGAACUACAAAAGGUUUGGUUCGAAGCAGCCUAGGCUUGAACAUUACCAGCUCCGUGUUUGCCUUCGCAGGGAUGAUAAUCAACUCACUGAGCCCAAGCAUUUAUUCUUUCCAUGUAUAUUUCUGUACAUAUAGAAGUACAUCAGAAGGCUGUCGCAUGACCUUGUCCAUUUUAAUGGGUCUGGAUAUCGUGGUAGUCAUUUUAAGUGUGCUGGAAUUCUGCAUAGGAAUAUCCCUCUCUGCCUAUGGAUGCAGGGUGAUGUGUUGUAACCCUGGUGGGGUCGUGAUAAUUAUGCCAUCAAAGCCUCCCAUGCCAGAAACAGCAUAUCCUGUAUCACUUCAAAGUGGUUUGGGGCCACCAGAACACCAACAGAAAAAUGUUCCAGGAAAAAGUCACUGAUUAUUUUUCAAGAACCACACAUGAAAAAGCACAAGAAUCCAACUCUGAUGUCUGUGCAUGUAGGCAUGAGUGUACGCUUGCUUGUGCAUGUACACACGUGCAGUGUGUGUGUGUGUGUGUGCGCGUAUAUGUGUGUGUGAUUCAAAUGACAUUCUCAUGUUUCACCAGGAAGUUGGCAGAUCAUUCCACCUGCUCUCUCUAUAAGACUAUCAGAAUGUAAUAAAUAAACCAUCAAUUUACUGGGUAAA